AAAUAAAAAUAAAAAAAUAAAAAAUGGCUGUUAAGGCAGUUGCAGAGCUGAAGAAGGAGCUUGGAAAAUUGGUGGAUGCCCUUGUGGAGGAAGAUGAAGGAGACCACAAUUUGGGGAUAAUUGAUAAUGCCAUUAGAAAUCUGUGUGCUCUCAAGGGUUUGAAGCUUGCUAAUAAAGAUCAAGAAUUUGUUGAUUUUAAGAAUGUUUCUUUUCAUGAAGCACCUCAGGAAUUCAAAUGUCCCAUUUCUGGGACUCUAAUGAUGGACCCUGUUGUUCUAGCUUCCGGUCAGACGUACGAGGAGACAUUCAUCCGAAAAUGGCUAGAAAAUGGCAACCGGAAAUGCCCCAAGAGUGACGAACAGUUGUCCCACACCCUCCUCAUCCCGAAUCACUCGAUCAAGAAAAUGAUCAUAAAUUGGCAUCAAACGCGAGAAACCAACAUGCCAGCUGUCGUCAGCCUCACCGGUGAUGAUGAAAACCAUUCAUCAUCAGCAAAUGCAAACAAAGAACACCUCAUUGAGCUACUAAAAAAACAUUUCUACUCGUCCGAUACAAAAGCCGCAAAAGAGCUGCGUUUGCUCACAUCAAGUUUCCCUUUAUUCCGAUCCCUUUUUGGAGAGGUAAAGUUCGCAAUCUCUUGUAUAUUCAGCCAGCAUUUAGUCGAAAGGGCUUAUUUCGACCCGUGUCUUCAUGAAGACUUAAUCGCAAUCACCUUGAACAUUGCCACACACGAACCCAACAAGAGGAAAAUAAUCGAAACGAGCUCACUAGCAGUUAAAUUCCUCAUAUCGUCUAUGAGAAAUGAAAAUAUUGAGAUAAAACGACAUGCUGUUGCUGCCAUGUCCGAGUUAUCAUCACUCGAUUCGAACAAACACAUACUGGGUAAAUCGGGUGCUCUUGGGCCUCUUGUCGAGAUAGUUCGAGAAGGGAACCACUUAAUGUUAAAAGAUGCAUUAUCGACUAUGAAUGCCUUGUGUACUUUAACCGAGAAUAAAGAAAGGGCUAUUUCGGAAGGGGCGAUUAUUGCUAUUAUGGAAAAAUUGAUUGUUGUUCGUGUGCUCGUCAAUGAAAUGCUUGGGAUUCUUGCGUUGUUAUCGAGUCAUCAUAGGGCGAUUGACGAGAUGGAUGAGUGUGGGGUGAUUUUUUGCUUGUUCGGGUUAUUAGGCAAGGGGGAGAUUAUUAGUGAGAGUAGUGAGGAGUUAUGUGUGGCUAUUGUUUACACCAUGUGUUUUGGUGAUCGUAAGAAGCUAAGAAAGAUUAGUGAGGUUGAGAAUGCGUACGAGACUUUGUGUCGGGUCGCAAGGAAUGGGACUUCGAGGGCUAGAAGGAAAGCGAACGGAAUUCUCGAGAGGUUGAAUAGGGUGAUUAAUGCUGUCCAAAUUCUGUUUUCAGUAAGUAUUAACAAUAGUUAUAAGGAUCCAUCUGCCAACACCCAUAAUGCAGCUGGAGGUGAAAAUCAGUCAGCAAAAGCUUACACCUUCCGUGAGCUUGCCAUGGCAACAAAGAAUUUCCGCCAAGAUCUAUUAAGUGAAGGUGGAUUUGGCAGAGUAUUCAAAGGGACACUUUCACCAAGUGGACAGGUUGUUGCUAUCAGGCAACUGGACAGGAAUGGAAUGCAGGCGAGCCAGGAUUUUGCAACUGAAGUCUCGAAUUUGAGCCUCCUUCAACACCCGAAUCUCGUCAAGAUACUUGGAUACUGUGCUGAUGGGGAUCAAAGAAUCUUGGUGUACGAAUACUUGCCAUCUGGCGCUUUGAUGAACCAUCUAUUUGACCUUCCAGUGGGGACAAAGCCAUUAGAUUGGUCUGCAAGAAUGAAAAUUGCCUUGGGUAUUGCCGAAGGACUCGAGUACCUGCACGAGAAGGUUAAUCCCCCGAUCAUAUACCGAGAUUUGAAAUCGUCAAACAUCUUAGUGGGGGAGGCCAACGGCCCGAAACUCUCGGAAUAUGGGCUGGCGAAGCUCGUCCAGACUGGCGGCAGCAAGAUGGCGGGCUACGGGUAUUCUGCACCGGAAUACGAAAGGCAAGGGGAGUUGACGUUGAAAUCCGACGUGUAUAGUUUUGGGGUGGUCUUGUUAGAGCUCAUCACGGGACGUCGAGCAAUGGACACCUCACGGCCUGCGGACGAGCAAAAUUUAGUUAGUUGGGCCCAGCCCAUAUUCCGGGACCCAUCCAAGUUCCCUGACAUGGCUGACCCUCUCCUAAGAAAGCAGUUUCCAGUGACGAGCCUGAACCAGGCGGUGGGUGUAGCCGCCAUGUGUCUCCAAGAUGAGCCCUCUGCUCGGCCCCUCAUCAGCGACAUCUCCGCUGCUCUCGGUUUUCUGGCAAUGGCCCCACCCGAAGCCCCCAUCCCGGCUCGACUCGUUCCCAUUCUCUCCUCGCGAGUCGAAACCUCCAAAUACACCUCCUUCAGAGACUCCUCCUCCUCCUUCUCCUCCCCCGACACCGAUAAUGUCAAAAACUAUAACAAAAAUAUGGAUAAAAGCAGAAAACACGAGCGUAAAUCGAGCUCCGACUUCGACUACGGCACCAAUGAUGAUUCGGACAGCUCGGAUGACGAGAAGAGGACGAAAAUGCGCGAGUCGAGCAAGAGCAAGAAGAAAAAGUCGGGGAAAACGAGCCGUUCGAGCUCGAAAAGCAGCAGCAGCAGCCUCAGCUCGAGGAGCUCAAGGGAUUACAGCAUCGGCUUCAGCCUGAGGUGUGAUAGCGCGUUUCCAGAGAGGAGUGAUUCUUCUGCUAUUGUCGAGCAUGAUGAGUAUAGUUCGUCUAGUAGUGAUGAUGAAGGUGAAAUGGUCCGUUUGAACUCCAGAGGCUCCGAUAGGCACGGGAUUGAGUUUGAAGAAGACGAAAGCUAA